AAGAUUCUUUCUGUCAAAGUCGCCCGAUUUUUUCCUCCGCUAGCAGGCCGGCUGACUGACAAUCAGUCGCGCUAUGGAGUCGGUUUACCAACACAAUCAGCUGUUUUCCGCUGGAUGCUGAAUCAGCUAACUCAUGAAUAGAAUGUAUCAAACACUCCUUAUCUUCCACGAAAAAAGAAUUCAACUAGCCCUUGGUCGAUAUACCCGAUCAAUGCAAAGGAACGCUACGCUGAUAAGCUACCCCAAACACCAACUUUCACGAUUAGAGUAACCUAUUUGUGACUGUUCUAAGCAUUUUGUUUCGAGCUCUUCUGCACGAAUAAUGGGUCAAGGUUCUUAGGUCACGGUAUUGAUUUUAGACCAAUCAAAAUGUGGUAUUUUCUGCACACCGCAACGAAAUAGGAUCAACUUCCGUGUGAGAUCAGUGUGAGACUCAGAAAGACGAGUUUAACAAUGUCACUUGUAUCAUAUGGAAACAGCGAUAGCGAGGAAAGCGACAACGAGGAGAUAAUAGAGGCAAAAGAUGAAGCUUUGAAGCAGGAUAAUAAGGCUUUGCAAAGCCGAUUAGAGCCCUCUUUCCUUGCCAGUAGCAACAACAACGGCAGUGUCCCAACGACUAGUUUGUUAGCAGGCUUACCUCCUCCUAAGUCCAGUAGACAGCAAGCCCCAACUGAAUACACAGAAGAAGAUGAAGUGCUACCCAAUUCUAGCAUGAAUCUCCCAGCACCAGUUCUUCACAAAGGAGGCCUGAAUUUACAACAGCCAAAAAAGGCGAAAGAGAGACAGAAAGUCAAAAUUGCCAUACCGAAUCUGACAUCAGUUGACUCAGAUGAGGAAGAUGAACCUGCACCCAAGAAAAUAAAGCCUGCAGCAGGGAAGUGUGGCUUGUUUGCUGUACUACCUGCCCCGAAAAAUGCUGUGACAAAGCAAACAACGCGUCCUUUGGUUCCACACACCCUUACCCAGAAACCUGCACCAAAACCUCCAGUUCCUAAACUUCCAGUCAGUGUGAAGCAGACAAGUGGGGUAGCAAGUAGAAACAAACUAGUAGAUGUUGACAGUGAUGAAGAUGAGGAGGGCAAUGACGUCACUGGUGGAAGCAGCUUUUUCUCAUUUGCUGACAAAGAGAAAGACACAAUUGAAACAAAUAGUACUGUGCCACCAGUGUCUGUUCCAAAGGAAAGGACUACAAGUAGCGUAUUAAAACAAAAAUUACCAGAUGCAGUAGCUAAAGCACUUAGUUCUACAGGAACUACUUUAAAUACAAACAAUGAAACAUCAACCACAGAGGAGCCAUUGAGUGGUCCCAGAUUUGAUUACAAAACUGAAAUGGCUUAUGGAGGAGGCUACACAGGCACUGAGACAGCUUCUGGAGGUUACAUUACUCCUGGGACAUCUGAUGAGCAUGGAGCAAAGGGUAUAGACUAUGGCAGUAAUGAAGCUUACUAUGACUCUCAGGGUGUGGACUAUAAUAAUAGUACAGCAUAUUAUGGGGGUUAUGAGCAGGGAGGUGCUUCAUACUAUCAACAAGAAGAAGUUAACCAACUGAUGCAAGAUCAAGAGUUCCUAAAAAUUCAAGGAAAGAAAAAACGAGGCAAAGAGGAGAUCCAGAUCAUAGAUGCCAAUGCUGAUGAUGUCUUGGACCCUAUGGAGUAUACAAAAACCCUGUCAGCAGAAGUACCUUAUCAGUCUCACAAGAAGAAAGAUGGCUCUAUGCCCACCAGCCAGCAGAGAAAGAAGCACCAGAUCACCUACCUAGCAUUCCAGGCCAAGGAGAGGGAACUGGAGUUGAAGAAUGAAUGGUCACAGAAUAGAAUGACAAAGAAACAGACACAAUCCAAAUAUGGAUUCUAGCAGGAUUUAAUUUUUGUUUUCGUUAUAAACAAAGGUUUGGUUGAGGAGUGGAUCCAGAUGUGGACUCUGGCAACAAUCCUGUUAUUAUGGGUUUUGUCACUGCCAAACUCAAUACAAUUUAAAAGCAGUGAUUCAGUGCAUAUGUUCCAGAAACAAAUUGUGUACUGAAUCAGUUUAAAUGGGAAUUUAAAUUCUGUGAGGCCCAAUGGCGAUGUAUUGUGGCACAUAGAAUGGGUUGCUGAAAUGACAAGAACAACUGAAAAAUAGCUGGUUUGGAUUUGUUAAAGCUGAUACUUACAGCAUAUUCAGCAGAAGGAACGGAGUGAAUGUCACAUGAAGAGUUACCAUUUGUAUAAAUCUAGUGGAAAAUAUUAAAGUAUUUAUUAGAAUGAACCAAUGUUAGAUAGACUAUUAUUAAGUAGCAUGCUAAUCAUAUGUAUUUUGUUAUGUCCUUAACAAAUCAAAC